AUGGCCACAGUAAAACCGGACCAGGCUGCGCUGGAUGCCUUUACUGGGAACGCGCUUGUCAGGCGGCUGAGCGACUUAUACAUCUCUUUCUCGGAGAGGAGGGAAGCAUUAGGGCUGUCGACGCCCGUCACCGUCGACAAUAUUGCGAAGGAGGUCCAGCGCGAUGUGUUCCUAAACAACCUCACCUUCUCCGGCCUGCGGGCGGACCUGACCAAAGCCUUCUCUGUCGCGCCGCUGUUCCAGGUGUCACAUGCGCUGUCAAUGGGAUCGCAGGGGCUACCGCCCUAUGCAUAUGCUGCGCUGUACGGAUCACCAAAGGUCUUCUUGCAAGCCAAUCUCGAUAACGAGCUCCAGCUCUCUGGCCGAUUCAACUACCGAUGGAACACUGCGUUAGUAACGAAAACAAGCGUUCAGCUUGCGCCCGGCGCGGGACAAGCCAUGCUCUCGCUCGAGCAAGACUACACUGGUGCCGACUUCAACGCAAGCAUCAAGGCCAUGAAUCCAUCGAUGCUCGACGGUGGCCUGACGGGCAUCUUCGUCGGAAGCUACAUGCAGUCCGUGACCCCGCGACUCGCUCUGGGCUUGGAAGGCGUCUGGCAGCGGGCAGCGGUGGACCACGGGCCGGAGAUGGCGAUGUCAUACGCGGCGCGAUACAGAGGAGAAGACUGGGUUGGAAGCGCACAGAUGCUCGCGCAGGGUGGUGUCCAGGCUUCAUACUGGCGAAGGUUGACAGAAAAGGUCGAGGCCGGUGUCGACGUCACUCUGCAGUUCGCCGGACUCAAUGGAGGGAUGAUGGGCGGACGAGGAGGGAAGGAAGGCGUCACGACGCUCGGAGCAAAGUACGACUUCAGGGCAUCGUCUUUCCGGGCACAAGUCGACAGCCAGGGCCGGCUUGGAUGUUUGCUGGAGAAGAGGGUUGCACCGCCUGUGCAGGUAACUUUCGCGGGAGAGAUCGACCAUGCCAAGAACCAAGCCAAGGUUGGCCUGGCCGUAUCAAUCGAAGCCGCCGAUGAGGAAGUCAUGGCCCAGCAAGAGACCGCCGGCGCCUCCUUGCCACCGCCGUUCUAA